AUGAAGGUUUCUAUAGUGACUUUAGUUAUAUUACUGUCUUUCAAUCAAAAAGUGUCUUGUGCUCCAAUAUUCGACUAUAUUGUGGGCAAAAUAACUGACAUAGCUGAUACAGUAACAAAUACUUUCGUAAAUAUAAGAGCCCAAGUGGAAAAUAUAUUAUUAGCAACGGGCAACAAUCGGCCCGUGUUACGACUACACUAUCCGAUGCUACACCAGCAUGUAGAUCCGAACUUCAAGACCAAUUUCAAUGACUUUGUAGAGAAAGCAGCAGCUGAGAACGAAACGGAAAUUCCAGAGUACAUCAAUCUAAAGUCGGAGCCGACUGCGCUCAUGUCCACGCCACAGCUGGCUACACUACAUGGAAGGAGAGUAGAAUCACACAUCAUUCAUACAAAAGACGGUUACCUGCUUACUUUACAUCGGAUAUCACCACGCAUGGACCGAAGUGCAGAAUUGAUGGCAGUUAACCAGACAGUGAUACUUCAUCAUGGUUUACUUGGCAGUUCCGCAGAUUGGAUUUUGUUAGGACCCGAAAAAUCUCUUCCAUACAUUUUAACUGACGCAGGCUACGACGUUUGGAUGGCAAACGCUAGAGGCAACUACUACUCCCGUGGUCAUGUGAAAAUGGCUGUAGACUCCGAUGCUUUUUGGAGGUUUUCUUUCCAAGAAAUGGGAGAACACGAUCUAUCGGCAGUUAUCGACUACAUUCGAAAUGUAAAAAAAAGUGAUGAUCCGAUUGACUACAUAGGACACUCGAUGGGUGCAACGGCAUUACUAGUAUUACUUUCAACAAAUCCUCAAUAUAAUAAGUAUUUAAGAGUUGGUAUCCUGCUUGCACCGCUCGUUUUCAUGAGUAACGUCGAAGGACCGUUUAAAGUUCUGACAGCCAUGGCAUCUAGCCCACCAGAACAACUCCUUAAACUUAUAGGUAACAAGGAGUUUGUACCUACUCGGAAAAUACCAAAAUGGCUUGCGUUAAAAUACUGUAAAGGUCCAUUACUGUUUUGCUGCAACCCUUUAUACUUUAUCAGUGGUGGUAUACCGGAAGAUAACCACGCCUGGAAUCUUAGUUUUCUUGCAAGAUUGCUGUACCACGUACCAGCUGGUGGGUCAACAGACACGAUAAUGCACUACGCUCAGUUGGUGAAAAGUGGAAAAUUUCACAGGUACAAUAAUGUGUAUGAAGAGUUUCCCCUCAACCAGGUGACGUUGCCCAUUGCUUUGUUCAGUUCCAGUGAAGAUUGGCUGGCGACUAUUCCUGAUGUACUAAGGUUAUACUUUAGUAUAGUAAAUCCUAUUGACCACUAUAUAAUUCGCGGUAGAAAUAUGAGCCAUACUGAGUUCGUUUGGGGAGCUCGUGCUGACGAAAUUGUUUUCAAGAAAAUAUUAGAGUUCCUGGAUAGUGGCCUAGCCAUUAUUGGAAAUGCUAAAAAUUCUAAUGAAGUUCAUUCUAACCUUGCUUAG